CCGAGCCCAUCUGAUCCUCCGAUUCAGUUCUUCUCCCCCUACCAAAAGGCCGAGCCCCCCUCAGGCCUCAGCUCCGCCUCCGCGCUGCCAACCAUACUCGUCAAGCCGUCACACUUUGUCUCUCUCGUGCCCCGAUACUCUUUUUCUUUUUUUUUCUUUUCUUUUUUUUUUUUUUUUUGCUUCCGGGAGCAGCAACCGUCGCCGUGGCCCCGCCUUGGAUAUUCCAUCAGUUUUCGGGUUCUUGGAUAGGAGAAAGCGGGGCGCUCAAUUCCCCCCCUCCUGAUCCUUGUUCCUUGAUCGCCGCCAUGAGCAACACGCUGCUUCGAGUCUACCCUUCCGACCUGAAGAUGCCAUUCGAGCUCAGGAAGCAGAACUCAGCGUGUCUUGAGCUCGUCAACAAGACCGACCGGUGGGUGGCUUUCAAGGUCAAGACGACGAACCCUAGGAAGUACUCGGUGCGCUCUGCCUCCGGUGUCGUGCCGCCCAGGGGAUCCUGUGGCAUCACAAUAACGAUGCAAGCGCCCAAGGAGAUGCCCCCGGACUACCACUGCAAGGACAAGUUUCUUGUUCAGAGCAUUGCUGUGGAGGAGGGGACGACGCAGAAGGACAUUGUCCCUGACAUGGAUGAUUCUACAUCCAAGUUGGAACUGGAAAGAAGAUAUGCAGAGGAAAACAAGAAGAUUCAGAAAGAGCUGGAUCUCCUCCGGAAAACAAAGGCGUCUCCUCGGGGCUUCUCUGCGUUUGUGCUGCUUGUCUUCUUGUUAUCCUCACUUCUUGGAUACCUGAUGUUCGGAAGCAGAGCUUAGCAAGUUAGCAGCUAAUGGCUGCACAUCAUUUGCGGCACCGGCAGCGGCACGGCUCUUUUAGUACAGUGUACAGAUAUAUACAUUAAUAGCGAAGUAGUCAGUACAUAACAGAUAUAUAGGGCUUUCUUGGGUUUCAAGUGUCCAUAGGAAUAUAUCUUCAGUUUUGAAAUAUGUGUGAGUAACCGUUCAUGUUUA